AUGAAUGCCUCCGGACGAGACGGGUAUGUCCGCAACUGCACGCCGCCGGCCAUCGAUGACUUCCCGGCAGGAGUGUUCACGGAGCUGCAGCGGCAGCACGGCGCCAUCGUACUGCACGCUUUCAUCUCCAUCUAUCUCUUCGUAGCACUCGCGGUUGUGUGUGACAAGUUCUUCGUACCCGCUGUUGAUAGGAUAUGCACGGCUUUAAACAUGACAAACGAUGUGGCUGGCGCUACUUUUAUGGCAGCUGCCACGUCAGCGCCAGAACUGUUUGUGAAUGUGAUCGGGACGUUCAUAACAGAGGGCGAUAUAGGAGUUGGAACCAUCGUGGGAUCAGCCGUCUUCAACAUCCUCGCUGUUGCUGCCUGCUGUGGUAUAGGCGCUGGGAUGGUAGUACCUCUUGACUGGUGGCCUUUAACAAGAGAUUGCCUCGCUUACGGCAUAACUGUUUCUAUACUUAUUUGUAUAAUGCACGAUGAGUACGUGCAAUGGUAUGAGGCUUUCCUGCUGGUAAUGCUUUAUGGUGUAUACAUCUGCAUCAUGUAUUAUGAUAAGUCCAUUCAAAAUUUUGCCAAAGGAAGUUGGACAUGUGUCUCAAAUAUGAUAAAGAAAGACAAUGAAAAACAAGACUCAGCCCUACCAAUUGACAAUGAAAACAAAGAGGCUAAAACACAAUCUUCAGAUCACCACCAACAUAAUGGUAAUGUCAAAAGUGUGCUUUAUUCAGAUAUCAAUGAAAAGAAAGUUGCUUCUCUUCAGAUAGAAAAAAUUAACAAUGAUGAUGACAAGAUAGUGAAUGAGGAAAACGAACCUAAACCUAAUGAUAUGGAAAUAGCUUACCAGGAAGACUCACACCAAGGAAAUGUGGAAGAAGGAAGUAAGGAGACUUCAGAUGAAUACCAUCAUUCUCUCUGGAAGUGGCCUUCUGGAAGAAGUAAACUUACAAAGACGACAUGGAUUGUUACGUGGCCUAUCCACUUGGUAUUUCUUUUCACAAUUCCAGAUUGUGAAAAACCACGUUUCAAGAAUUGGUUUCCUUUAACUUUUAUGAUGUGUAUUGUUUGGAUAGGAUCGCUGUCUUACAUUGUCGCUUGGAUGAUAACUAUAAUUGGUGACACACUCAUGAUACCAGAUUCUGUAAUGGGCAUUACAUUCCUAGCUGCCGGAACGUCAGUACCUGAAGCAGUUUCUAGCGUGAUAGUUGCCAAGCAAGGACACGGAUCAAUGGGUAUCAGCAAUUCAAUAGGAUCGAACACUUUCGACAUACUUCUUUGUCUUGGACUACCGUGGCUCAUCAAAGCUUCGUUGACACCAGCCGAGCCAGGCAACUACUGGGUGAAGAUUAAUUCCAUGGGUCUUGAGUAUUCUGCGAUAUCACUAUUGUCAACUCUUCUGUUGCUGUAUUUGACUUUCUGGUUCAACAAGUUUAAGCUUGACGCCGCAGUGGGAAGAGCGUGUCUGGCGAUGUACGCAAUGUUCUUGGUGCUAGCAACUCUCAUCGAGUUAAAUGUUUUCUUCCCGGUGAACGUUCGCACUUGCAGGAGAACCGACCUCAAGUCU